CUUCGGUGUCAUAUAGACUCAUCGCGAUAUCCCAUCGGAUCGAAUAAUUCGGAGCGGUAGAGUAUGGAGCAUAACAGAAUUCAGAAGUUGCUGCUUUCGGAAUACUGCGAAUUCUCUGAUACCGUUUUAAUCGAAUCGCCGUUCGCGCAAACUACUCGCGACGGCAAGGGACUGAGGGAAGUCGCUCUGGGAUUAACGCCUUCGAGACUCAUCAUAGCUGCAGAUAUUUUGAACAAAAAUAGCGAGUUCAUGUGCCCUCCGGACCUUGAUCCUAGCAUUGAAAGUUUCGAACUCGUUUCUGUCUUCCCGUUGGAAUACGUCGCUCUCUCCAUUUUUCGGAGGAGACGUCGACGAACGUUGAAGGCAAGACUCAUCGACGGCAGAGCAAAUUAUUACGAACUAGGUGGAAUGGAUCGUCGCGGAAUGUUCUGGACUUUAUGGUGCGAGCGUAUUCAGAGUAUAAUCGCCGAUAAGGGAAACGGUAGUUCCUUGUCAGAGACAACCGCAGCGUCUUCUUCAAGUGCUAGUACGCUCUACUUGCUCUCUUCCGAAGUCGAGAUCGACGGGGAAAUCAGAAAAUCUGGAGAACGUCGAUCGGUUUGCAGAAUCUGGGCGCACUACGGCGGCGCAGGCGACGGAAGUUUGCUUCCGACGUGGCCACGAAAGGAUCUCUUCCUCGGUCCUUCUCACGACCAACUGGGAUACGGCUACUACGCUCCUGUACCCGUGCGUUUCGCCGGCGCCAGUUUGGACGAUUUGAUAAGAGACGAGUUGAAAGAUUAUUCGUCGGAGAAACGACACGUGAAACGGGGUUGCUACAGUUGGCCCGUUGGUCGAGAUUUCGGCCAACAGGGAGAAAAUCUCCGUCAUUCCGGGGGGCUCUGCGAUGUCCUUUUUACCAGGGAUAGAAAUCUCGACUUUUCCCAGGGUAUUCGUGUGGAUGGUUUAUGGUCGACGGAAUUUGUCGAAGAUUCCGGCGGCGGGCACCGCGACGACAAUAAAAAACCUGAGCAGAAAAAAAACGCUUCCCAAACAACGGCGCAAAAGAUUCUAAAUCUUGCGCCAAAAAUUUCCAGAUUCGGUUUCGGUGUACGCGAAAAUUGCAGCACUGGAUUGUAUCUGGAACCCGUGACUACGCGGCACGUGCAACACGUUCAGCAGCCGACCAACAAACUUUUGGAUCCUUACAAGCUCCUCGAAAGUGGUGUGACGGUUUGGGAAGGCGGCGAGAGGCGAACGGAACUGAGGCGAUCCCGAAAAUCUGCUGACCGGCAUCCCAGACGAUACGGAAUCUCAACUGCGGGUCAUUUCAUGCACGCUUUGGGGCCGUGGUCGGUUCAACCCGGAGAACGGGAAUCGGUCCAAGGUCGUCGUUCUUCGAGCGCUGUCGCGGUGCGACGUCAACCGCCUGACCCCGAACUCCGCUUACCUGUUUCCCGCAGGCAACUGGCUGCAAGCGUUUCCGCAACCGCUCUGGAACCUGGAAGAUGCGGAGCGAUGGGGGCUGCGACCCGCGGCCGUGUCGUUCUCUUCUGGACGCCAGAAUAUUGGUACCGACCACGCGCCGCGACGGCGGCGUACAAGGAACUCAGACAGCACUUGGCGCUACUGCGGGAUUUUCAAUCGGAACGAGAUCGCUGCGACUGUGGAAAUCGGAAGACUUUUUUCACCCGGAGAAAACGAGGCUCUCAAAGUGACGCCGGUGACCCUGGAGAGGACAGAUCCUCCCGCAUAUUGGGGCGAAUAUUUUCCUCCCAAGGUAUCGAGCAGGCCGUUCGCGGGAAGAAAAAAAAUGGCGCACGUUCGCAAACGGGCGGCGGUACGACCGGUCAGCUUCGGCGUCUUCUGAAAAUGGAUUUCAGAGUAAGCGCUUGGGAUUUGGACAGCACAACGAUCGCUCAACAAUUGACUCUGAUCGACCGUGAUCUCUUUCUCCGAAUUCCAUCGCUGGAAACGGAAAUAGUCGUUUAUCAGAGGACCUCCCGUAACGCGCCGAACCUAGGCGCUUGGAUAGCUUUCAGUCACCGUGUCUCCUGUUUGAUUGCGUCCGAAAUUUUGAACGUAAAAAAAAUCGAGUCACGCGCUCGUUUGAUCGCGCGUAUGAUAAACGCCGCGAAGAAAUGUCACGCUACCGGCAAUUUUCAUUCCACGAGAUCCAUUCUGGUAGGGCUUCAAAGUCCGCCGAUUUAUCGAUUGAAAGCGACUUGGUCGCACCUCAGAAUUCAUCACGCUACCAAGUAUCAGACCGUGGAAAAAUUGUGCAAGAUAUACAGGAGCCCGCGGACCGACAGGUAUCGUAGAAAUUGGGCGAGGGCCGAACACGUCCAGCCCGCUAUGCCUUACGUCGGAGAUCUGCUGGUGCGAUUAUUGGGAAUAAAUUACGAACGUCGGCGUCGAAAAGCGGUUACGAAAACUUUGCAACCCAAAUCGGAAGUUAACAAUAACUCAGUUCUGAGCGAUUCCAAAUACCGCGGUGAGAUAAAACCUCGAGUUAGUUUGGCCCGGCGAAUUAUUUCCGCGACUAUAUUGAAGCUGCGAAAUGGAUCGAAAUCGAGCCCAUCGCCUUCCGGAGUUUCGGAAAAUAUCGAAGGCCCUUGGAACGCGAGGCAACGAAGAGUCGCUCGAAGGGCUUACGAACGAUGGCGUAGCUACGUGACGGACUUGCGAAUGAUAGCAGAGAACGACGCGAAAAUGACGAGGAUGGACGACAGGAAAAAGCGAGUCAUCGAGGUAGCUUCGUGGCUAGCGGACUGUCAGAGAUCCGCGCAAAAUUAUGGAUACCCCGGUCACUCCCUUGCCUGGGAAUUCUUAUUGAAAGCUCGUUACAAGGAGGAUAGGGAGAAUUUUUUCAUCAGUUUAAAGCUCGAGCCACCGUCGAUUUGAGGCGAAUCUUUUUUGGGACGACGAGUUUGCGGCUGAGAUUUGUCGAGUCCGUUGAAUUGAUGCAUUUCGGCGUACUUUCCGAGCGGUCAAUUAUACCGUGCGUAAACGAAUGAUUCUGUAUUCUUUGAUUCAGUGAACUACUGCAGCAAUUACGGCCGAAUAUUUCGCAUCGAAAGAGCUUCGCGUGAAUACCAAUUAAUAGAGCUAUUAUAUUGUAGAAUUUAUAUAACCAGCACAUGGUGCUUCUACACAUGCUUUGUAUCGUUUAUUGUUAUUAUAUUGUUAUAUUUAGA